AUGGGUCAGCAGCCGCUCUACCAGAGUCACCCAUGGAAGUUCAGCCAGGGUUCCCGCUCUUGCUGCAUCUGCCAAAACUGGCACCGUCUGAUCCAGAAAUACAGCCUCAAUGUGUGCCACCAAUGUUCCCGUCAGUACGUGAAGGAUAUCAGUUUCAUCCAGUGGGACUAA